GCAGGCUGGGCACAGCAGGACCCCAUGCACAACCUCUCUGCUCAGCCCUGGCAGGCGAAGAUGGCCAACCUGACCUACGACAACUUCACUGCCAACAACCACACCGAGGUGACCAUCCAGCCUCCCACCAACUACAAGACUGUGGAGCUGGUUUUCAUUGCCACAGUUACCGGCUCGCUCAGCCUCGUCACAGUGGUGGGGAACAUCCUGGUGAUGCUGUCCAUCAAGGUGAACCGCCAACUCCAGACUGUCAACAACUACUUCCUUUUCAGCCUGGCCUGCGCGGACCUCAUCAUCGGGGUCUUCUCCAUGAAUCUCUACACGGUCUAUAUCAUCAAAGGCUACUGGCCACUGGGUGCCGUGGUGUGUGACCUGUGGCUCGCCCUAGACUAUGUGGUGAGCAAUGCCUCUGUCAUGAACUUACUCAUCAUCAGCUUUGACCGGUACUUCUGUGUCACCAAGCCCCUGACGUACCCAGCCAGGAGGACCACCAAGAUGGCAGGGUUAAUGAUUGCGGCCGCAUGGAUAUUGUCCUUCAUUCUCUGGGCCCCUGCCAUCUUGUUCUGGCAGUUCAUUGUGGGCAAGAGGACAGUCCCUGAGGGGGAAUGCUAUAUCCAGUUCCUCUCCAACCCUGCAGUGACCUUCGGCACGGCCAUCGCUGCUUUCUACCUGCCUGUGGUCAUCAUGACGGUGCUGUACAUCCACAUCUCACUGGCCAGUAGGAGCAGGGUGAGGAGGCACAAGCCUGAAAGCAGGAAAGAGAGGAAAGGCAAGUCCAUCACCUUCUUCAAAGGCCCCUUGAUCAAACAGAACAACAACAACUCUCCUAAGAGGGCUGUGGAAGUGAAGGAAGAGGUGAGGAAUGGGAAAGUGGAUGACCAGACCUCAGCCCAGACAGAGGCUACUGGCCAUCAGGAGGAGAAGGAGACCUCCAAUGAGUCUAGCACAGUCAGCAUGACCCAGACCACAAAAGACAAGCCAACAGCAGAAAUCUUGCCAGUGGGGCAAGGGCAGAGCCCAUCCCACCCCCGAGUGAACCCAUCUUCCAAGUGGUCCAAGAUUAAGAUUGUCACUAAGCAAACUGGGACCGAAUGUGUCACCGCCAUUGAGAUCGUCCCAGCUAAGGCAGGAGCCUCUGAACACAACUCGCUGGCCAACAGCCGCCCUGCCAAUGUUGCCAGAAAGUUUGCCAGCAUCGCCAGGAGCCAAGUACGGAAGAAGCGCCAGAUGGCAGCCCGGGAGAAGAAAGUCACCCGAACCAUAUUUGCUAUCUUGCUAGCCUUCAUAUUCACAUGGACUCCAUAUAAUGUGAUGGUCCUUAUUAACACUUUCUGUGAGACCUGCGUACCUGAUACAGUAUGGUCCAUUGGCUAUUGGCUCUGCUAUGUCAACAGCACCAUCAACCCAGCCUGCUAUGCCCUCUGCAAUGCCACUUUCAAGAAAACCUUUAAGCACCUUCUCAUGUGCCAGUACAGGAACAUUGGCACAGCCAGAUAAACUGGCACUCAGGGACCACUUUAGCAAAGUUAUGGAAAUCCUUCCCUUUGCCUCCUUUGCUGGGGGGGGGGGAGGUCCUCUGCCCCCCACUCAUAAAAGUGCAGACUGUGCAGUGAAUGCAGAUGAUGCCCUUCACUCAGUGCUGACAAACGUCCAAGGUACCUCUGAGAUGCAGCUCCUUCUAGUUACUCUUGGCCUGAGGACUCACUUGGCAAGCCAGAGGGGAAAACCACAGGCAAGAUGAUGCAAGGAGAUGAGAUUACCAGGAACCUGCCUCAGCUCCCUGCUCUUGCGACGUUGGCCAAACGGCAUCAAUGAUGUUUGUCACCUCUUCUCUCCCUGGAUGACCUUCUCCAGGGCUUUAAAGUUUGUCUGCCCAUGGAGGGCCUAACGCUGGAUGCUUUGAACAGGCUCUUAAACCAUUUAUUCCUCAAGAUGAAAAGAGACAGGGGCCAAACAUUUGUCAGACAUUUUGGACCAGUCUGGCAUGGAUGUGCUCGAGGAAAGUCCUUUUGGCCCAUCCAGCCCCUCUCACAAGGCAGUCAAGAUUGUGCCCUCCUGGAUGAGGAAAGCUCCCUUCCCUUUCCCUUCAGAGAUAUGCUGACCUUGGGGAAAUUUUUCCCUGGGCUUUGACGCCACCAUCCCCCUAGGGCCCUUUCUGCCCUGAGCUGGCAGUUGGCUGGAUGGUUGGAUGGACAAAAUAAGCAUCUAUUUUCUGGGUAAGGAGCGUAAAGCCAAGACAUGUCCUACAACAAAAGAGACUAAAACUGCAAAGAAAAGCAGUGAUAUCAUGCAGGAUUUCUCACCACAGCCCUGAGGGAAUGUGACCUCUGAGAACCAGGCAGCAAUGAUGAAAAUAACUGCCCUUGAGGAGGGAAACAGGGAGCUGCUGUCCUGCUCAGAGGACAGAGCUGCACAGAGCAUCAUGCAGAGGAGAGAUACAGAGGCAGAGGGUCUUGGAGGGGGUCGUGGCCCUGCAAUAUGGCAGAGAUGCCCCAUGUGUCAUCUGGGCUGCAAGCAUGCCCUCCCUGCUGCCCAUUGCAGGUGUGGAAGGGACACUUCACCCACCAUUUGCUGGGUACUGUCUGGAUGAUAUGUGGCUCACUGGUGGGGAGGGGGGGGAAGGUAGUGCCCCCCCAAACCUCCUUUCCUGCCCUGGCUGCAGCAGGACACCCCAAGGGUGUCCAAAGGAGCUGGCCACUGAUCUUUGUAAAUGGAUAUAACCCUGUUGUCCGUGUUGUCAGAGUCCUCAGCAUGCAGGGUUCAGUGUAUGUGUCCAGACCCUGUCCCAGCGUAUUUAUGUAUACAGACCAAAUCAAGUAAUACUGUUGCUCAGCUUCUCCCAAAGUCAGGUUUUUUUUUGUUGUUUUUUCUUUUUUUUUUUGUGAGCAUAGCCAGGAACAACUGCAUAGGUGAGGGCCUGGCCGGGGCCACCUUGGCGUACGUUGGCAAGCGCUCUGAGUGCCCAUGUGGGCCUUACUCUGCGUCUGUAUGUCCUUCCUGUCCCCACGCCACGGCGAUGCUGUGCAAGUUAGAAAAAAGGCUGCUCCAGCCCAGGUGGGGACUCCCACUCACUGCCACUGCCUUUAGGAUAAUUUACAUAGCAUUACCCAAAAUGCCUGAUGAGGUUUUUUUAAUCAUUACAACCACAGCAGAAGCCCCUGAGACAAAUAAAGAUC